GGAGGGCGGGGCCUGGGAGCGCCGCGGGCGAGGAGCGGCGGCCGGAUCCCUGCGGGUAGUUCCUGGAGCUGUAGGAUAAAUUCUCUGAUGACAUCUGUCUUCCAACAUUCCCUAUUCUGGUUCCAGAGAUUCAAUAUUUUCCCAAGUGCAGCAAAAAAUGAACAAAUUCCCGGGACCAGUAACCUUCAAGGACAUUAUUGUGGAAUUCACUCCAGAGGAGUGGAAGUUGCUAGAUGCUUCUCAGAAGACCUUGUACAAAGAAGUGAUGCAGGAGAACUAUAGUCUUCUAGUCUCCGUGGGUUGUCAUGUGAAUAAUCCAAAUGCAGUCUUCAAACUGAAGCAAGGAAAAAAGCCAUGGAUAUUAGAAGUAGAAUUUCCGCAUCAGAACUACCCAGAAGUCCUAUGGAAUAUUCAUGACCAAGGAACAAGACAUCAGAAAAAUCAUCCUGAAAAGUCAAGGAAUGGAGAAUUCACAAAACAUCAGAAAACACAUAAUACAGAGAAAAUCUAUAAAUGUGAUGAAUGUGGAAAGACCUUCUGCCAGAAGACUGCCCUCAUAGUACAUCGACACACGCAUCCAAAGGAAAAGCCCAGUGAACAUGGGAAAUCUGUACCCAGGAAUGGAGACGUUGCGGCACUUCAGAAAACUAACACUAGAGAGAAAAACUAUGCGUGCAAAGAAUGUCAGAAAACUUUCUACCACCUGUCAUCUCUCAGUAGACAUUUAAGAACUCACGCAGGAGAGAAACCCUAUGAAUGUAAUCAGUGUGAAAAGUCCUUCUAUCAGAAACCACACCUCAUGGAACAUCAAAAAACACACACGGGAGAGAAACCAUUUGAAUGUACUGAGUGUGGGAAGUUUUUCUAUGUUAAGGCAUACCUCAUGGUGCAUCAGAAAACACACACAGGAGAGAAACCAUAUCAGUGUAAAGAAUGUGGGAAAUUCUUUUCUCAGAAAUCACAUCUCACAGUACAUCAGAGAACACAUACAGGAGAAAAACCCUAUAAAUGCAAGGAAUGUGGAAAAUUCUUCUCUAGAAAUUCACACCUCAAAACCCAUCAGAGAACUCAUACAGGAGAGAAACCUUAUGAAUGUAAAGAAUGUGGGAAAUGCUUCUACCAGAAGUCAGCCCUCACAGUACACCAGCGGACUCACACAGGGGAGAAACCCUUUGAAUGUAACAAAUGCGGAAAAAACUUUUACUAUAAAUCAGAUCUCACCAAACACCAGAGAAAGCAUACAGGGGAGAAGCCCUAUGAGUGUAAUGAAUGUGGUAAAUCUUUCUCUGUGAAUUCAGUCUUGAAAUUACAUCAAAGGACUCACACAGGAGAAAAACCCUAUGAAUGUAAGGAAUGUGGGAAAUCCUUCUCACAAAAGUCUCAUUUUAUUAUACAUGAGAGAAAACACACAGGGGUAAAACCCUAUGAAUGUCAGGAGUGUAAAAAAACUUUUAUUCAGAAAUCUAAACUCACUGCACAUCAGAAGACACAUAUAGAGGAAAAAAAAUGA